AUGGACGUGUCGUGCUCGGCUUCGGCGACUUCGGCGGAUUCGGCUUCAGCUGGGAUGGCGAGUCCGGCAGUCGAGAUGUCUCAGCUCUUCCAAGCGACUCCAGACUCGACACCCUGGUCACUGGCUCCACGUUCUUUCAGACGAAGAGGGCCGGCAUGGCAAUUGCCAGCUGAAGCAUGGCAGCUGGUGGCUGAGCUUCUGCUUGACCAAGAGCUUUCCAGGAGCUCCAGCUGCUGCAAGGCAUUGAAGGAAGCCAUGGACUCCCACGAGCAGUGGCUUCAACGUGCCAUUCAACAGUUUCGCUCCCUACCCAUCUCUGAGAUGGAGAGUCGGACGAUGCAAGAGGAGGUUCUCCGGAAUGGCCGGAAGAGUUAUAUCUCCCGGCGGACCCUUUUCAAAGGUAAGAGGGUUGCGCUGCUGGCAGGGCGCUCUGAACUGCCUGAGAUUUAUCGCUUGGCUCGCUGGUGUGGUGCUGCCAUCCAGCUUCAUGUGACAAGAAUGAUGGGUGACCUGGAGCACCAGCCCAGUGCCGCACAACCAGGCCACAAGGACGACAGCCCCGCAGAGUUUGGAUGCUACGCCCCACGACUCUUGGAAGGUCUUUUGCUGAGCACCUCGCGUGGCCUGGUGACAAAAGAUGGGGCGGUGACGCUGACUGCGCAGUUGUUGGGGGCAGAGUGCACAGAGGAGCUGACGCGGAGCCACACGCAUCUGAUUGCUGGAACCGCUCAAGGAGAGAAGUACGACUACGCGAUCCAACACCACAUCCCUGUGGUCUCCGUGGGCUGGAUCGAUCAGACUUUGCGCUUGGGAUUACCCAUGAAGGAACGCUGUUUCCCCGUGAGCCGGGCUGGAGACUGA